CUGGUGAAAGCCUUCAAUUUUCCGCCUCGUGAGAUCAGCAGUCCUUCCGGCUUCACCGCCAUUACAGACAGCAGACAUGGCUAUUCGCUACCCCAUGGCCGUUGGCCUUAGUAAAGGCCACCAAGUCACCAAAAAUGUAACUGCUCCCAAACACAGCCGUCGACGUGGGCGUCUGACCAAGCACAGCAAGUUUGUUCGGGACAUGAUCCGCGAGGUGUGUGGCUUUGCUCCAUACGAGAGGCGAGCCAUGGAGCUGCUGAAAGUGUCCAAGGAUAAGAGAGCUCUCAAGUUCAUCAAGAAAAGGAUUGGCACCCACAUCCGAGCCAAGAGAAAGAGAGAGGAGCUGAGCAAUGUCUUGGCUGCCAUGAGAAAGGCUGCUGCAAAGAAGGAUUGAUUUGUCUUCUAAUAAAUGUUCCACCACAUAA